UCUUCUGAAUCUUCUACAUUUCCAGACUUAAAGUCAAAAGCAAUGAGAUUGAUAGAGGUAUUGCCAGGCACCGACCCCGAUAUGAUAUCCUGCAAACUCCACCUUCGGAAGCUCCAAGAUUCAUCGCCACCCUACACAGCCCUUUCUUAUAUGUGGGGUGAUUCAAGA